AUGCUAAAUGUGGCUGUAAACGAGUUCACUGGGGCAUUAGGUGAAAGUGCAGGGGCUAUUGCUAUUGAGGCAACAAAGAACACCACAUUGGUUCGGCAUUCUGUGGAAGCCGCAAUCCGUGUCGUCACCGACGCAGAGAUAAAAUCAACGGCACCGAAAAGAGAAGCUCAAACUACGAUGAGGGAAGCGCAGGAGGAGUUGGAAGCGCUGAAGAAUGAAAUGGAGCAUCUCGACAAAGUGGUGAUUAAGGGGAGUGCUUCUGGUUCCCACCCAUCUACAGCAGAAUAUGCAGCACCCCUUUCGACUGCAACAAACAAAAACAACACUGACACCAGCAGCAACCCUGCGUGGGUGCGUGCGCCGCUGAUGCUGCUGCUCGCCUGUGUGGCCGUGUGGUAA